AUGAAUUACAUUUUGAAGCUUCUACGAAGAACUCUACCACAAGUGGGCUCAUUUGGUUACUACAACCUGAUUCUAAGAAACCAAUGUUACAAAGACUUUUCCUGCAUUGCAGUGAUCUUCCGCUUCCUGUUUUUCAAUCGACAUGUCGGCGUGCUUUAUUCUUGUUUGAGCAUCUCACACGAUGGUAAAUGCGAUGAGCGUGCCAUUUAUGUGAUUUCUCGCCACGAAACAAUCGACCAUGCAGAGCUGAUCGUCCUUGAAAAAGUAGCCAAGGCGGUAUGCGUUGACCCGCAUGUGCUUUACCACACUGCAACAUUCGGUAUGUGCUGUUUCAUUUCGGAGAUAACAAAGCUUGUACCUCUUGGAGAGAAUGUUGCAACGGCUUUAUCAUUCAAUAACAGAAAACAGGAUUUAUUCUAA